GCUCCGAAAUCUGAUAGCAUGCAGGGCCAGUCUCGCAGGUCUUACAAAGGCGACGCAAAGAAGAAGAAAAAUUUAUUGUGGUUUCAAGGAAUGUUUAUUGAUACAAUUACCUGAACGAACAAUAACACCGUUUGUUGUAGGAUCAAAUAAUCAAUUGAGGUAUUACAGUAAUCAAGCUAGAAGACCAAAUUUUUUUUCCCAAUUUUUGGAUAAUAUUAAGCAAGAAAUGCAGAAAAAUAAAGAGAUGAAGGAAUCGCUUAAAAAAUUCCGCGAAGAAGCUGAAAAGUUGGAACAGUCAGAUGCAUUGAAAUCAGCGAGACAAAAAUUUCAUACUGUUGAGUCUGAAGCUUCCAAAGGAUCAGAAGUAUUAAAAGAAAAAUUAGAUGUACUUAAGGAAAAAGUUCAAGGAGUGAUAGAGGAAGCUAGCAAAACGGAGCUUGGUAGAAAAGCGGGUCAGUUGGGUGAAGAAAUUUCAAAAUCAGCCAAGGGUGCUGCUGAGUCAAUUUCCGAAAAAAGUCAAGCUAUUAGUAAAACUAGUACGUUUCAGACAAUUUCCCAGACUGCUGAAGUUGUACGCAAAGAGUUGGAUAAUAAUGGUAUGCGGGAUCAUGUUUAUGUUCCUUUAAAAAAAUUGAGAAAACGUAAAGAAAUUUUAGAGAGAGAAGAUACAAUAGUUGAAGCUAAUGAUCAAGAUAAGAAUGUAGAAUUACAUAAGGACUCAAAAUUUUCUCAAUCUUGGCAAAACUUUAAGGACAAUAAUCCGUACGUCAAUAAAGUUUUGGAUUGGAAAAUGAAGUAUGAAGAGUCUGAAAAUCCAGUAAUACGCGCCUCAAGGUUACUGACUGAAAAAGUAACAGAUAUGAUGGGUGGUUUGUUUCAAAAAACAGAACUUUCUGAAACAUUGACCGAAAUAUGUAAAAUAGAUCCGAAUUUCGAUAAAAUUAAUUUUUUGAAAGACUGUGAAACUGACAUAAUACCUAAUAUACUGGAGGCUAUGAUUCGAGGAGACUUGGAGAUAUUAAAAGAUUGGUGUCACGAAGGUCCAUAUAACAUAAUUUCACAGCCCUUGAAUACGGCCAAAAAAUUAGGUUACCGAUUGGACAAUAAAAUUCUUGACAUCGAUAAUGUGGAUCUCGUGAUGGGAAAAAUGAUGGACCAGGGGCCGGUAUUAGUGAUAAGCUUUCAAACGCAACAAAUAAUGUGUGUAAGAGACUCCAAUAAUAAUGUCGUAGAAGGUGAUCCUGAUAAAGUGAUGAGAUAUAAUUAUGUUUGGGUACUGUGUCGUGAUUCAACUGAACUAGACCCACGGUCAUGCUGGCGGUUACUUGAAUUGAGUUUCAGUAGUAGCGAACAAUUUCUCUAG